AUGGGUCAAACUGAAAGCAAAAUCAAAGGUUCAUUUACAUUUGCUUACUUGCACUACCACAGCCAUACCGGCACUGUUGCGAAAACUCACAAAGACAGCGACGACAACUAUGACUACUUUGACCAGGAUAUUCUGCUCACUCACCCUGAAUUAUACGGAUUAAGGUCACAGUACCCGUUUUUGCAAUCUCCAGCAGCAGCAUUGCCAAGUACAUCCAUGACAUCCUUAGACUCUACAGUAACCAUGACAAAUCGAAAGUUCCAUGAGCGCCCUGAUUCUGGAUACAUGUCGCCUUCCUGUGAUGAAAGCAUGCAACUGGCAAAUGACUUGGACUACAUUGACACUACAUACUAUUCUCCAAUGGUUUCUGAAUACUGCUACCCUUCAACAGGUGAUGAUACGCCCUACAAAUGUAUCGGCGAACCAACAGAAGCAUCCGCACAUUCAGGAGCAAAACAUGUUAUUUCGUUUACCGAUGUCAUGCUCUCUUCGCCAGACAAGACACUUCAAGAAGUCUACUUACCAUGUAGAUCCAUCUACAAGCUCAGUCCCAAUAUGGCCAUGUUGACAAUGAUUCGUAAAUUGGAUUUAUCCAGUAAUUACUUGACCGAGCUGCCCGAGUCGAUUGGAUAUAUGCAACAGUUGGAAGCCUUAUCAGUGGCAAAGAAUCGAAUCAAAGCAUUACCAGACACCAUUGGAUACCUAUCCAAUCUCUCAGAACUGGAUGCUUCCUACAACGAACUAGAGCAUAUUACAUCUUGUAUCGGCUACCUCGAAAAGCUAAAGACACUAUCACUGGCAUACAAUCAAAUCACACAUCUGCCAACUGAUGUGAGUGGACUCGUAGGCUUGAUUUCACUCGAUUUGACCCGGAAUCCCCUCCGCGUGUUACCAGCAGAAAUAUCCAAACUACCCUUUUUGCGCCGUAUGCGACUAGAAGAGUGUCCAUUUGAUAGCGACUUGACGUAUCCAUUGCGACACAAUGCACCCAGUCUUGUUGAGAUAUGCGCACGUACUGUAAUACGAAAGCAAAUUAAAAUCGAUCAGCAUCCCUAUUUGCCUCAGCACAUGGUUGAGUAUAUUAAAUCUGCAAAAACAUGUACUUCGUGUCAUGGUCCUUACUAUGAAUCGUUCGUUUUGCGUGGCAGAUUAAUGGAGAAAACAGAUGUGCAUAUUCCUUUGGAGUAUACGCUUUGUUCGGCCCAUUGGUCUGAUGCAGACGAUCGUAUUCUUAGCAUGUUCAGCGCCCAGCCUGACACCGGCAGUCAAGUGGCUCAUUUGCCUUACCGUCCCAUGCUGCCAUGUCCACCAAAACAAGCCAUGGAAAGACUGGCUGCAUUGACUCGUCGACCUCGCCAUGCCUCCACCUCUACUGCUGCCAAUCCCACUGCCAAUCUCUUGUCAGAAAGUAAUGUGGAUACAGUCAUUGUAGAAGAUCGCGAUGUCCGCCUUGUGCCUGCACCCAAAUUUCAUCUCGAGCAUCAACUCACCAAAUCAUCAUUAGCAAGAUUAGCCUCCAAAUUGAAGCGCACCAAUCUUUCUUGGUAA